GGAGCAGCACUUGUUUCGUUUAUGGCCGUGAGAUUUUAACGAAAUUGCUCUUUGGUUUUUGCAGCCUUGCGAUAUAAAAGGAUGUCGAUGGGACCAUUAAAGGCUCAGAAGCGGUUUCGACCUGGUAGCGAGUAGUUUGCCCAGAGUUAUUUCAGUGUCUAGUUCUCAAAAUGUUGCGUCUCUUGAUGUUGCCCCUCUUCCUGUUCACCCUGUCGAUGGCUUGCAUGGGCCAGACAUUUCAAUAUUCUCGCGGCUGGACCAAUGGUAAACGUGCUCCGCCUGCAACAGUUGUAGGCAAUGGCCAUAAUCUCGGCCUAUUGGAUCUCUACGAUAUUCCAAGCGCACCCACUGAUCGUCGAUUGGAACGUUGUCUUGGGCAUCUGCAGCACUUUGUGGGCAACAAUCUGUUGCAUCGUUCGUUUGCCAAUGGAUUGGCCUAUGAUGCCAACAGACCCGACUUGGAUGCCCCAGUUCGCAGUGGCAACAUUCGCACUAGAGCUAAUGCCAAUGCCAAUGGCAAUAAUAAUGAUAACAACUUGUAUGGCAACUCCAAUCAUCAUCAAUCAAGUGAACUCUAUGACGCACUCAAUGCGGCUGUGGCAGCCUCUUCUUCUGCUGGUGAUUCUGUGGAACCUGGUGAUUAUGGCAAGCAUUAGAGGCGUUCAAAUUGGGAAUUGGUUAAACAAAUUAUAGUUGUUAUUAGCAAGAAAUGCUACAAAAAAAAUUUAAAAAAAAAAAUGUAAAUGAUAAUUAAAAGUGAAAUAUAUUCUGGCUACUAUUACAAGUGAUAGAACAUAACUUUACAAUAAUAAAGCAUGAAAUUUUAUAGUUCAAUUAAAUGUAUACAAAUUGUAGUUUUAGCAUUCACACUUACUUUGGAAUUUCAAUCACAUUUUUCAUACAGCUUCAAUCAACCCUUAAGGUCAAUUGGCAAUCAGCAAAUGCAUUCCGCUUUAAGAGCAUGCUCAAAUGUGGGGCGGGGUUUCAGUACCAUUGAGAAUUGACAAUCGCUAGCUUGCGCAUUAAGAUGAUAGUAAAAUACUUGGGCAACCGCAAGUUAUUUUUGUCUUGACUUAAUUAAAAUGUUCUGAGCUUAGUGUGGCUUAAAUAUAGUUACCAAAGUCAUUAAAAAUCUUAAAUUUCUUUCAUGACUAUUACGCCAAGCGGUUGAGCCAUAAAAAUACAUGAAGGCAUAGUAGC